AUGAACGGUGUGUGUAGGCUGUUGGCCUCUCUGCUGUACGGGCUGGAGUCUUACAUGGAUGGGACGCCGGACAGCAUUUUUCUACAGGACAUGCUCAUGGGAAACACCCUGCAUCUGCUCAUCAAGGUCUAUGACAGACUGCAGCGUUUUAAAGCUCAGAGGCCAAUCCCAGUGGAAUGCGAUGCAGAGCGUCUGACCCAGGAGUUGGCUGAGGAACUGCAUACCAAAGAGGCCAGUCCAGAAGUUGUUGAACUACUAUUCCUUCUGUCCAAACCCCAUCUGAUGGGUCUUCUCUUUGUACAUGAUGCCGUGGCUCAAAAAGAUUAUGAACCAGAGCUGCCGCCAACGCCACCUCUUCCAGAUGACAGCGAUGAGGAAGAGGAAUCAGUCAAGAUCAUCCGACUAGUUAAAAGCCAGGAGCCACUGGGAGCCACCAUUAAGAGGGUGUCGACAGGUGCCAUUGUUGUGGCCCGAAUUAUGAAAGGCGGGGCCGCAGACCUAAGUGGUCUGAUACAUGAGGGAGAUGAGCUCAGGGAAGUCAAUGGAGUUCCAGUGGAAGACAAAAACCCAGAAGACAUCAUACCCAUUCUGGCUCAGUCAGAUGGGGCUGUGACCUUCAAAGUAAUACCAGGCACCAAAGGAGAGCUCGCAGCCAAAGACGCAAAGGUCUUUGUCAGGGCACUAUUUGACUACAAUCCAAUAGACGACCCUGCCAUUCCAUGUAAAGAGGCUGGACUGGUGUUCAGAAAAGGAGACAUCCUAGAGAUUAUGAGUCAGGGAGAUGACACGUGGUGGCAGGCCCGCCACCAUGACAAAGCCAAACCCAGAGCUGGACUUAUCCCUUCUAGACGGCUUCAAGAAAAGAGAGUUGCUCUGAGGAGGCCCGAAGCCCUAUUCCACCCACAAAGACAUUCAAAGCCUGACACUGGUAAGAGGAAUGAGGGUGCAGACUAUGGAGCAAUCAGUGGAAUUCAUGUAGCGGGCCUAAGGAGGAGUUUCCGUCUGAGUAGAAGAGAGGCUCAGGAUAGGUGGAGGAAAAGUGAUGGUCAGGUUGCUAGCCAGUUCCCAACCUAUCAGGAGGUGGUGCCGUACCACAAGGAGCCUGGAGCACAGCACCGCCUGGUGCUUCUGGUCGGGCCUGCAGGGGUGGGUGUGAGUGAAUUAAAAAAGAAAUUGCUGAUUUCUGACCCUGAACGAUUUGAUGUAGCUGUGCCACACACUACCCGGGCUCCCAGAAAGCAGGAGAGAGGUGGAGUGGAGUAUCACUUUGUCUCCAGACACACAUUCGAAAAAAACAUACUCGAGCGCAAAUUCAUUGAGUAUGGUGAGUAUAAAGGGAACUACUAUGGAACCAGUGUGAAUUCGGUGCACAAGGUCCUAGAGGAGCAUAAGGUGUGCCUGCUGGACGUGGAGCCCAGUACUAUUAAGGACAUUUACACAGCAGAAUUUAAGCCAUAUGUGAUAUUUGUGAAGCCACCUCCAUUAGAGCAACUGCAGCUGAGUCGGAGAAAAGCAAAAGUCAUCUCCAAUGAGGAUGAAGCCAAGCCCACAAAGACUUUCACAGAGGAGGACUUUGAGGAUAUGAUUGCCUGUGCCCAGGUCAUGGAGAGCGAAUAUGGCCACUUCUUUGAGAAAAUUAUCGUUAACGAUGACCUUGCUAUGGCCUUUAAUGAGCUGAGAGCAGAGCAGAGCAGACUUGAAACCGAAACCCAAUGGAUCCCUAAAACAUGGGCUCAGCCAUGCAGUGACAGGAACCUUAAAUAA